AACUCGCCUUCCAUUGGCGACCAAUAUAGUCUGCCAAGUGCCAAUCAGAAUUAGCUCCGCCUUUGUCCUCUUUUUGACGACCUCCGUCUCCCUUUUCUUCGUAUUCCGUCUUCCGGCGUUUCUCAAAACUAGAAAAUGACUUCGUCGACGCUCAAGCGUUGGUUGAGGCCUGAGGUAUUUCCUCUGUUCGCCGCCGUUGGCGUCGCCGUCGGUAUGUGUGGCCUGCAAUUGAUUCGGAACAUCAGCGGCAAUCCUGAAGUCAGAUUGACGAAGAAAAAAAGAGCUGCGGGAGUGCUGGAUAACUAUGAUGAAGGAAAAAAGUACGCAGAGCAUUCACUCAGAAAGUUUGUUCGUAAAAGGAAUCCGGAGAUCAUGCCAAAGAUCAAUUCCUUUUUUGCAGACCCUAAAUAAAUAAAUAAACUUGCAUUUUAUGGUGUCAAACAAUGUCGGUUUGUGAUUUGCCAUUUUAUCUUCGAAACACCGAAAACUAGAAGCAUUGUGUUUGGAACAUCCUUUAAUUCAAUCUAGUAUGACUAAUUGUAUAAUUUUAGAUUUUUUUUUAUAAUCUGUUUUCGUGUAGUUAGCUAUUUUUUUUCUUGUUUCUAUCAAGUUUUGAUUUGGAUAUAAAUUAUAUUAUAUUGCUUUUAAGAAUUAUUUGUGCAUGUAAGUUCACUUAAAUUAGAGAUUUUAAUUACGUUUGAAAACACUGUGUUACCUCCGAGACUAUUUGAAUUUAGGAAUAUUCACAAAAAUGACUACUAGGAAUGAGUUAUUUAAUCAAAGUGACAAUUUUUCUGUUUUGAA